UUUUUUUAUCUGUGGUCUGAACGAUCGCUUUCGCAUCCUUCGGAAUUCUAACCUCCCUUUCGAGUGUAUUUUUUGUAGAAAACGAAUGGAUUUCACGAAUUAAAUGUUAAUACUAGUUAGUUUAUAUCGUCAAAGGAAAAGUGAAAAUUCUUCAACAUGAACGACGCAAUAAAUAUGUCUCUUGAUGAAAUCAUAAAACAGAAUAAAGAACAAAACCGAGCAAGUAGAUCUCGCGGCAGAGGUGGGACGAUGCGCGGGCGCGGUGGUCGUGGGCGCGGCGUAGCCCGUGGCGGCGGUGGGCGCGGCGGACGUGGCGGGCGUGGGCGCGGUGGAGGCGGGCGCGGCUCCCGUUCCGGCACGCCCGGCCCACGGCAGGGCCGCUCGCGCUCGCGCGGGCCCAAUGGUCAAUUCCGCUCGCGCUCACAGUCGCAAGCACGCUCGCAGUCGAAUGCGCGCUCCCGCUCCCAGCAACGCCGCGGCAACUCCCGCGCGAGGUCCGCCUCCAGGUCUCGUUCACGCCUCCGCAGUAUUACGCCUAGGGGUCGGGCAGGGCUUGAACAAGAAAUAGAAAUGCCACCACUAAUAAAUAGACGAGGUGGAAUUCAAAACAGACUUCGGCGUUAUAACUCAAACCCAAAUCUCCAAAGUAACGUCCACAGUAGACUUGGCGUGACCACUCGACGUGGAGGAGCCCUUCGUGGCAGAGGUAACCUCCGUGGGGGAGCCAACCUCCGCUCUCCCAUUGGAGCGAGGAGAGGAAUCUCGAAGCGUGGACGCGGGCUUACCACUGGCAACCGAUACAGUAAUGUUGGACUAAGAUCUGAUCAAAUCAUAAAAGAACAGCAGCGUCUAUUAAAUAACAUUAUUAAAUCCCAGACAUUCAGACGCUCGCGCUCCAGAAACAAUUCAUUUAGUUCUCCUGGCUCCCAGUUAACUGUGAGUGUCGCCAAUGAUUUUCCCAAAAGACGCCGCAACAGCGUCGGCAAUGCGGGCUAUCUUAGCCAGCAGACGUUAGCACAACUUACCAACCAGCUCGGAGGCUACCAUACUCGCAGGGGUCCAGGCAGCGUCCGGUCUAUGGGCUCCAACAGAUCUAAUAGAUCAAACAGAUCCAAUAGAUCGAACCGCUCCAACCAGUCUAAUCGUUCGACAAGAUCUCGAGGACGAGGGCGCGGCAGAGGAGGCAACCGUGGGGUCGGUCGAAAGUUUGUUAAUAAACAAAUUCUGAAUCCAAAACUUCAAAAAGAAAUAGCUGCCAUUCAGGGCAAGAGCUACGGCAAUGAACCGGCAGCGGAGCCUCCCGGUGGCGUCAACUUCUCGCCCACUCCGAAUGCUACCAGGGUAACUCUGCAUCAAAGAUUUGCUAGCCAAUAGUGCGGUAUUGGAAGUACUAUGUUGAUUGUGAUUUUACAGUACCUAUACCUACAUACCAUUACUAAAACUCUUAAGAAGUCGAGGUAAGAAGUGACUUAAUUGUGUGAAGUAUAGUUUACUUAUAAAAGUGAAAAUAUUACUUAUUAAUACUUAGUAUUAAUUAUUUUGUUUGUUAAGUAUUGACGAAAGUGCAAAAUUCGUUAAACUGACUGUAGCUGGUAGGAACAAGUGAGAUGGCCAGCAUUCUUGUUGUAGUAUACUCUGCUGCUCUGUAUAAAGUAUCUAGAAAGUCAAGUAAUACCAAAUUUCGAUUGAUUUUGAAUGGAGAUAGUUUUCUUAAGGCACUUUUUUAUUAUGAUGAGAUAUGUACUAAAGUUAGUAAAAUAUGCAAAACAGAGCUUUAGUUAUCAUAGCAAAGAUAUUGUACUGUUGUCUAAAAUACAAUUCUUUUAUUUGCUGGUUACCAUACUUCAUGUUGUUUUACAUCAGUGUAACACUGACGAUUUUGGAAUUUGCCAUUUAUUUGACUUCUGUAAAUUAUGGCUGCUUUAGCAUAAUUCUCGCCAGACUAUUAUUUUGUUACGAAGAAAGUAAGUUUAAAUAAAACAUUUUCUUUAUAA